UCUUCCUCCCUCCACCAGGGGGUGCCAGUGCUCAUUGUAGGGCACCAUAUUCUUUAUGGGAAGCAGGUGAAACUGGAAAAACCCUUUGCUGUACUCACCAAGCAUUCCAGCCAUUUGCAGGACAUCCAGGGUUGCCGUGACAGUGACAAUGAAAACAAUGAUGUCCCACAGUUACCCAUGGAAACCAAACAGCCAGGAGCCCCCUCCACCUCCUACUGCGUGACCGCUUUCAUCAAACGGAAGCUGAUCUUCAAGACGCGGCCCAAACCCAUCAUCACCAACGUCCCCAAGAAGCUCUAGUGGGACUGCAGCGCCUCCUCACGGGUUCAGAGGUCACCUGAUCCAUCUGACCGUCAGAGGUCAUUGCCUUCUGAUAUCAUGCAGUGUGAUUACAUAUGUGUUUUUGUACAACUGAUCCAUCCUGUAAACCUUUAAACCAGAACUGGUUCCAACGAGACUUUAAUGACGCCUCUAUCCAGUAUGAAUAAAUAUUGUAUUAUAUAUGUUGUAUUAUAUUCCUUACAUUUGUAUAAAACUGAUAUUAGACCAAUACUGACUCACUGACUAUAUAUGGGAUCC